AUGGAGAACCUGUCACCGAGAGAACCCCCUGGCCACCCUCACCAGGGGGAGGCCUCUGCCUGCUGGCAGCUCACCGUGAAGGUCCUGGAGGCUCGGAACUUGCCCUGGGCUGAUCUGUUGAGCCAGGCCGAUCCCUAUGUGGUCCUGCGGCUGCUGACGGCGCCUGGAACUCAGUUUAAGACCAAGACGGUCACCAACUCUAACCACCCUGUAUGGAACGAGACCUUCACCUUCCGAAUCCAGAGUCAGGUCAAGAAUGUUCUGGAACUGAGCAUCUAUGACGAGGACUUUGUUAAAAAGGAUGAUCUCAUCUUCGAGUUUCUCUUUGACGUCUCAGAAGUCCUCCCUGGCAAGCUGCUCCGGAAGACCUUCUCCUGGAGUGCCCAGGCCCGGGAACUGUCAUGCCUGCAUGUGUGUCUGGAUCGCAUGGGGGUUUCAGCUGAGGCUCCAGAUCAGGAUAAACUGGAGCUGGAGUUGGAGCUGAAGGGGUCGUAUGAAGAGACCCAGACUCUAUCUUUGGGCACAGCCUCUGCCUCUUGCUUCCACUAUCUGGCAGCCCAGGAGACAGAACUGAGUGGGUGCCUGAAGGUGAGUCUCGGCAGUGCCUGGAACUUGGACACCUCAGCUGAGCACCUCACUGUGCCCUUGAAACCCUUGCCCAUGGGGAAAGAGGUGACCAUUGAUGUCCCAAAUGUCCCAGGAGCGGGCCUGCAGCUCAAGGCAGAAGGCUGUCCCAAGGAGCUGGCCGUGCGCCUGGGCUUCGAGCUGUGUGCUGAGGAGCAGGCCUUCCUGAGCAGGAGGAAGCAGGUGGUGGCCAAGGCCCUGCAGCAGGCCCUGCAGCUGGAGGGAGACCUGCAGGAGGACGAGGUCCCCAUUGUGGGCAUCAUGGCCAUUGGAGGGGGUGCCCGGGCCAUGACUUCACUCUUGGGACAACUGUUGGCCCUGAAGAAACUGGGCCUCCUGGACUGUGUGACCUACUUCAGUGGCAUCUCAGGCUCUACAUGGGCAAUGGCCCACCUGUAUGGGAACCCCGAGUGGUCCCAGCAGGACCUCGAGGGACCUAUCCAACACGCCCGGGAGCACAUGGCCAAGAACAAGAUGGAUACGUUCUCUCCAGAGCGCCUGAGGCGCUACCACCAGGAGCUGCAGCUUCGGACCGAGCAGGGCUACCUCACCACUUUUGCUGACCUCUGGGCUCUGGUGCUGGAGAACAUGCUGCACGGGCAGGAGAUGCACCACACGCUGUCAGGACAGAGAGCUGCGCUGGAGCGGGGACAGAACCCUCUGCCGCUCUACUUGAGCCUUAAUGUCAAAGAGAACCGUCUAGAGACCCUCGACUUCAAGGAAUGGGUGGAGUUCUCUCCCUAUGAGACUGGGUUUCUGAAGUACGGAGCCUUCAUCCCCUCUGAGCUUCUGGGCUCUGACUUCUUCAUGGGACGGCUGAUGAGGAAGCUCCCUGAGUCCCGGAUCUGCUUUCUGGAAGGAGUCUGGAGCAACAUCUUCUCCCUGAACUUGCUGGAUGCCUGGUACGGCCUCACCAGCUCCGGGACAACCUGGACACAACACAUCAAGGAUAAGAUGAGGAGCGCAGAGGAGCCCCCUGCUUCCUCAGAGACACCCUCGUACCUUGAGGCCUUGUGGCUGCAGCCUGGGACGGCACUGGCUCAGGCCUUCAAGGGCUUCCUGACAGACAGGCCCCUCCACCAGCACAGCCCCAACUUCCUCCGUGGCCUUCAGCUGCACCAGGAGUACAGAAGCCAGAAAGACUUCUCUACCUGGGCAGACAGCCAAGUGGACUGCACCCCCAGUCAGCUGACCCCCCAGCAGCCCCAGCUCUGCCUAGUGGACACCGGCUACUUCAUCAACACGAGCUGCCCCGCCUUGCUCCACCCGGGCCGCAAGCUGGACCUCAUCCUCUCUUUUGACUACUCCUUGUCCUCACCCUUCGAGGUGCUGAAGCAGACUGAGCUGUACUGCCGGGCCCAGGGGCUGCCCUUCCCCCGAGUGGGGCUGAGCCCUCAGGACCUCCACCAGCCCAAGGAGUGUCACCUCUUCUCGGACCCUGAACGCCCUGAGGCCCCUGCCCUGCUGCACUUCCCACUAGUCAACGCCUCCUUCAAGGACUACGUGGCCCCCGGCAUCCCACGCAGCCCGGCAGAGCUCCAGGCUGGCCAAGUGGACCUCACCGGGGCCACCUCACCCUAUUCCCUGCUCAACAUGACGUACCAGGAGGACGACUUUGACCGCCUGCUGGGCCUCUGUAACUACAAUGUGCAGAACAGCCAGGCUGCCAUCCUGCAGGCGCUGAGGAUGGCACUGAAGCACCGCGCCUUGGUGACCAGGCCUCCUGGGGUACAGACAUGA